GUACACCCACAAAUCCGCCAAUCAGGAGGGUUGUUGUAAAGUACAACCAAGGUGCACCAACUUUGCAUGUUUUCUACUUUCCACAACCUCCACCCUCCUCCUUCCUCCCUCUUUUGGUUCAGAGCAAUCAGAGAUCGAAAGGUUGAUAGAGAGAGAGAGCGAGAGAGGAGGGGAGAGAGAAAGGAAGAGGAAGCCCUUUGGUUUGAAUCAAUAACCAGAGGACCAACUGUUGCAGGAAGGAGAGGAUAGCACAAUUCAUCAAUAUUCAAACAAUGCCAUUUUUGAGGAUUGAUAAGCCUCUCCUUCCUGGAAAUAGCGUUUCGCAGCCUUCACUUGAGAGAUCUCUGUUGUGGCGCUUGUGAAUGCACACUUGUAGAUUUGUUCCGUCUUGGAUCUGCCAUCUUUUUGCCUGCAUGGGAGCAGAGGUUGUUUUGGAUGCUGUACUAAACCCCCACUGAUUACUGCGGUGGAUGAACCAUCAAAAGGACUACAAAUUCAAGGCCGAAAGGUUAAGAAAUCCAGCAUACCAGAGGAUUUCUGGAGCACUAGUGCAGGUGAUAUGGACAAUAGUGCGGUACAGUCCCAACGAAGUAUCUCUUCAAUAAGCACAUCAAACCAGCCCCAUGAUGCUGCUGGUAGCUCAAGCAACCCUUCUGAAUUUGUAAAUCAUGGUCUUCUUCUCUGGAACCAAACAAGGCAGCAAUGGCUUGGAAAUAGAAAAUCUAAGGAGAAGGCGCAAGUUCGAGAGCCCACGAUCAGUUGGAAUGCGACUUAUGAGAGUUUACUUGGGACCAGCAAGCCUUUCCCCCACCCCGUCCCUCUUCCUGAAAUGGUGGAUUUUCUAGUUGAUGUUUGGGAGCAAGAGGGCUUGUAUGAUUGAACAAAGCGAAUCCACGAAAGCUCUUACGAACUCUUUUCUUCAUUCCGUUUACCUCAGAUGAGGCUUUGUUUCUGCAUAGGAUUGCAACUGUUUUAUAUCUUGGGUUAUAUUACACCCAAGAGAGAUGCAUUAUUGUGGAAUCUUAGUUGGUUUGAUGGUCAUCUUUUGUAUGAUAAUAAUGCUCGCGGAGCUCCUCUUCGAAGCCUUUUGAUUAAGAAAUCACCAGCUUCACUCAAGAAGAGUUGCUUCAACUAUCAA